GGUUGUCGUGCGGUUCACACGCGGUUUUAAUAUCGGCAGUGAGAAGUGCGAAAAGUAUUUGUUGCAACUGUAAGCAUUAUUUUUAAUUUACAAAUUAUACAUACUAUGUGUAGUGGAAACCUGCGCAAAACGCUGCAUGUUUAGCAUUGUGGGGGCGGCUGCAUUUGUGACAGUUGCUUGUGACAGCGGCGUAUGAGAAGAAAUUUUUGAAAAGCAAAGCAGAAGAAAAACGCCCACGGCGAAAAUUAUUGCUCCGUAUCGACGUGUGUUUGUGUAUGUGUAUAUGUGUGUAUAUAUGCGCGAAACAAGAAGAAUAAGUGAAUUGAGCGUAUAAAAUUGUUGUAUGCCAAAAGGGAAAGGCGAUGAAAAUCAAUUGGCAAUUGCGUACAGGCCAAAAGCUACGCAAUCGCCAAAUUUUAUGUGUGUGAAACAAGCAGACGCAGACAAACAACAAAACACGAAAGUGCGCAACAAAGAGAGGCCAGCGAUAAGCAACAGCAGCCGUCGGCGCAGCAGCGGCCUUUAACCAGCGUUUUACUUGACACAGACAGAACAAGCACAAUAAUAAUUACAUCAUUAACAACAACAACAACAACAAAAAGAACAACAACUAUAAAAACAAACAACACCAACUUUGCACUUUAACAUGAACAAAAAUGCCGGCGAUGGCAGCGGCAACGACGGCAAAAACUCAAACAAUCACGGCAAGGGCGGCUCCGGCGGGGGUGGCGGCGCAGGGGCUGGCGGGCCCCACGAUCCCACCGGACUAUUAGACGCUGCUUCGCUGUUUGCGUAUUGGGGCCGUGAUCCCACUGGAGCUGCAGCCGCAGCUGCUUCAAAUCCGCUCUUUAACUCGCAGUUCAAUGCUGCCGCAGCCGCCGGCUUGGGCCUAUUACCAAAUGCUGCGGGCGCAGCUGCCAAUGACCGUUACUCAUCAAUGGCCGCUGCAGCAGCGGCAGCUGCAGGCGCCCAUCAUCACCAGAACACAAUGGCCGUCGCGGCCUCCCAGGCCGCCAGCCUGGCAGGUCUGCAUCCAGCAAGCUGGUGGUCCAUGGCUCAGUUGGCCGCACAGGAUUACUUUAGCCGUCUGCAGGCCUCCGGGCUGUCGCCGUUUCCGCAUCCCGAUCUGGCAGCUGCCUUUGGGCCCGCUGCCAUGGCAAUGGGUGGCGGCGGCACGGGCUCCGGUGCGGGAGCAGCUGGCGGCGCGGGCAUGGUUGGAGUAGGUGGCGGAGGUGGCUCCGCGGGCGGCGGCAGCGGCUCCAGCAGCAAAUCGAACAAGUCGCGCAAGGAGAAACGCGCCGCCCAACAGCAGCAGCAGCAACAACAACAGCAACAGCAGCAGCAGAAUCUGGCCAACAGCCUAAACGCAGCGGCGGCAGCAGCAGCCGCAGCAGCAGCCAACAAUCCCGCCGCGGCCUUGGCCAGCAUGCACGGCUUCGGACUGCCGGGCACCAGCAUGCCGCCUUCGGGCAGCAGCGCCUCCAUCUCAACAAGCAGCGCGGGCCAUGGCGGCUACAAGAGCACUGCCAGCGCGUAUGGCAAGCCUUCGACAAUGACCAGCAGCGGCAGCAGCAACAGUAUUGCGAGCAAUCCUGGAUCUGCCUACGAUCCGGUCACCCUGCACAAGGAGUUGCUGGCUAUGCAGGCCGUUGCAGCGGCCGCCUCCGGCUCCGGCGUGGGCGGCAUGUCCGGUCUCGGCAGUGGCGGCGGCUCCAACAGUUCCUCUGGCAAGAAAUCUAGCGGAGGUGGUGGCUCAUCGCUGCAUGCCCACGGUCUGUCUAACCUGGCCAUGAGCCUGGGCGCAGGCGGCAGCAGUGGGGGUGGCAGUGGAGGUGGCAUCAUGUCCAGCAGCAAGGCGUCCACCAAUGUCAGCUCCAGUUCGAGCGGUGGCUCCUCGCUGGGUGGCAUGCAUCCGAGCAUGUCCAUGUCGCCGCAUGCUAGCAUCUCUGGCAGUGGCAUGGGCAGCUCUGGCAAGGAUCGGGAUCGCGACAAGAACAACCCCUCGCUCAAUGCUCUCAACUCGCUCUCACAAUUCGGCACACUCGGCAUGACGCCCCAGCAGAGCGUGCAGGCGGCCAUGAAUGCGUUUGCGGCGAGCAGCAAUGCCGCGGCCAGCGCCACGGUCACCUCCUCGGCACAUCUGUCACAGCAGCAGCAACAGCAGGUGGCCAGCACAACGAUGGCCGGCAGCGGGAGCAAAGGCAGCGCCAAGGACUACAUGAGCAAUGCGGCCAUGAUGAGCAGCGGCAGCGAGCAUCCGUCGCUGCUGGGUGUGAGACUGCCGCCGGACACGGAGAUUAUCAAGUACACGUCCUCCAUCGUGGGCCCCAAGAUACCUGGUAGUACUUCACGCGGUCGCAAGAAGACCAUAUCCGAAACAGAACAACAGCAACAACAGUCCACACAGAAACAACAACAACACCAAGCAGAACAACAGCAACAACAACAACACCUUACACAACAACAACAGCAGCAGCAGAAGGACUUAGAAAGCACAACAAAUGCAAUUACCUCUCUGCUUGCAAUUCCAGGGCUCAGUCCGGCGAAGCGCGCCAGACUCGAAAUGGAGUACGCGGCUAUGGCGGCCGCAGCACAGCAGCAGCAGCAUCUGCACGGUAUGCUGGGCGCCGCCGGGAUGCCCAUGGGUCUGGGCAUGAGUCCCAUGGACCAGCUAAGUGCCGUCUCCAAGGCGGCUGUUUCCGCAUCGUCGUCGUCGACGGUGACCAGCACAGCUGGCUCCACAGCCGGGCACAGCCAGAGCCACAGUCACAGCCAAAAUGCGUCCAACGAUCGGGUGGAGGUCAUCAAGCUGCCGCCGACAAUCACCUCGAACGGUGCGUACAAUCUGUCCAACAAGGGUUGCGGCAAGGAGCUGCACGAUCUGACCACCGACCCGUCGCUGGCCUCUGGUGUUAAUCUCAGCCUCAAGUCGAGUGCUUUGCCCGCCAGCGGCGCCAUUGGCUCCGCCUCCAAUCCCAUCACCAUAGACGACUUUGAUGCUCCACUUAAUUUGUCCAUGAAACCCUCGGACAAGAAUAGUUCAAACAGCAUGAACGCCACAGCAGGAGCAGGAGCAUCGUCUGCUGCCUCUUCAGCGGCUUCCUCGGCGCUGGGUAAUCUGGCCAGCGAUUAUCAGGCGCAGGGCAGCGGCGGCAACGGUUCCAACAGCUUGCAGAGUCUGAGCUCUAUAACCGCUGCCUUGGGCGGCACCGGCGGCAUGCCGGGCGGCUCCAUUUCCGGCAGCGGUAGUGGAGCAGGCGGUGCAUCGCCUUCGCCGGCACAGGGCAGCAUGCCAGCUGCCUCGGGCACGUCUAGCUCUGGCUCUGGCUCUGGUUCUGGCUCCUCGACAUAUAAGGAGGGACGACCGCGCAAUUUGGGCCGUGGCGUGUCCAAGCCCAAGAAGAACACGGUGGCCUCGCUGCUGGCGCAGUCACGCGCCGUCGGACUGAAGCCCAUGUUGGCCACGCAGCAGCUGCUCCAACAGGGCGCGGACAUUGAAAAGAUACGCUUGGCGCUGAGCGAGGCGAACGCACACAUGGAAACGUCAACGGACUCGGAGAGCGUCGCCGCCGAGAGCGGCCUGUCGGAGUCGGAGAGCGAGGAUGCCAACAUACUGAAUGUGGCGGAGCUGCGUGUGCCACUGGAGCUCGGCUGGAAGCGGGAUACAGUCAUACGCGGCUUAACCAAGCAGGGCCAGAUCCGAGGCGAAGUCACCUACUACGCCCCGGGCAGCACCCUGCCCCUGAAGACCAUUGGCCAAGUGUUUGCUCUCUUGGAGCAGCAGCCAUCGAGUCUGACGCGCGAGAACUUUAGUUUCUCGGCGCGUGCCAUUGUCGGCUCGUUCCUGCAGCCCGCGCCACCGCCCUAUGCCAACGAUGGCGAGUACAUCCGGAUGACGGACGAGGAUGUGGCCAAGCGGCUGGAGGAUCUAAAAGUAUUUACGCGCCAGACGCUCAACGUGGAGCAGCGCAUUGAGAUCGCCAAGCAGCAGCAGGCGAUGCGCGACGCCAAGAAACAGCAGAAGGAGGAGCUGGCCCGCAACAAGGAGAAGGCGCGCCAGGAGAAGAAUGCCAAGCUGGAGCAGCAGCGCAAGGAGAAGGAACUCAAGAACCAGCAGGCCAUCGAGGAGCGCAAGAAGCGUCAGGAGGAACUGGAUCGCCUCAAGCAGGAGGAGUUGCUCAAAAAGCAGCAGGAGAAAGAGAAGCGACGUCAGGAAGCAAUUCUAGCUAAAGAACAGGAACUUCAGAAGCAAAAGGAGCUACUGCUGGCUGCCGAAAUGGAGCGCGAACGUCGCCGCCAGCACAUGAACUUGAUCAGGAUGCUCGAGUUGCGGCGCAAAUUCGAAGAACGCGAAAAGAAGAAGCACCAGCUGGUGCUGGAUCGCUUGAUUCUGCGCGAGCGUCGCAUGGCCGAGCGCAAGCGGGACGCGGAGAUAUUGCAGCUAAUACGCAAGCCCAACGAGGACUCAGAGCAGCCGCAGGAGCUGAAUGUGCCGGAACUGGAGCGCAUCGCUGGCAAUCGAUUGCCCGGACAGGCGAUGGCCGAUUUGCUGAUGGUGUUCGAGUUCCUGCACAACUUUGGCGAGACGCUGGGCUUUGACAUGGAGUCGUUGCCGUCGCUGCAGAACCUUCACGAUGCGCUCAUCAGCGACAGCAAUGCGGACGCCGAGGAGGAGCUGCUGUCGGUGAUGACGCACCUGCUGGUCUGUGCCAUCGAGGAUCCGGGUGUGCCCAACCCUGGCCGGCACACCACGCUGCUGGGCCAGUCGCUGCGCAACGCGGACAUUACCAACUCGAACGUGUCCGAGAUCCUGCGCAUCUACCUGUACGCCACCGCCACUGGCGAGAUUCGCCAGAUGCACGGCAUCACUGUGGACAGGGAGCGCGAGCGACGCGUGCCCGACCACCACCAACUGGACGCGGAUACGGCCACGCACUCGGCCAAGAAUCAUGAGUACUACAAGCUGCUGCACGAGAACGACACUUGGAAGCUCUCGCACGCACUCAAGGAUCGCCCGUUCGUGGCGCUCAAUCCGACGCGCAAGGCACAGAUGCUGGCGCACCUGUGCAACGACCUGCUGAUGAACAAGGCGGUGCUGCGACAGAUCGACGGCAGCCUCGAGACCUGCGCCCAGAUGCGCAAGGAGAAGUACAUGACCGACAUGAAGGUGCGCAAGUACAAGGCAUUGCACCAGCGCAAGGCUCGCAUCGAGGCCUACGAGAAGGCGCAGGCGGAGCGUGAAGCGGCAAUGCAAGCGCUCCUCGCCCAACAGAAGCUCGACGCCGAGCGCGAACGCGAACGUCUCGCCAAGCAGGCAGAGGCCGAAGCCGAGGCAGAAGCCAACAAACAGGCAACCACCGAGUCGCCGGCUGAGGGAACUGCUGCGGCAGAGCCAAUUGCUGGCGCCGAGUGCAACAGCGAGGAUAAAACUGAGGAGGAGAAAGCCAGGCAGGAGCAGCAGCAGCAGCAGCAGCAGACUCCAGACACGGAGCAACCACAGCCCAUGGAACUGGAUGGCGAUGCUCCAGUACUGAUUGCCAGUAGCGGCGAUUCAGUAGCGCCGCUCGCCGCCGCCCCCAUGUCCGAGGUGAGUCCCUCGAAGCAGCUGGCCAAGCUGGAGGAGUAUCAGCAAAACGGCGGAACAGCAGCAGGAGCAACAGCUGUGGCUGAUGUCGGGAUGACGGCGCUGCUUCAGGCGAAGAAGAGCGGCGCACGCAACUCAAUCAAUGAGGAUGGGCACUCGCAGAGCCACGACGUGAGCAUCAUUGAGGAUGACCUGUCCGAUUUGGACUCGGAGAUAACCAACGUCGAGGAGGACGAGGACAAUCGCCUGAGUGCCGACGAGCUGCAAAAGAAGCUGGACAAGAUUGUGCGCGCCUCGCUCAAUUGCAAGGAGGCGCUGGAGAAGAGCACCAAUCAGCUGCGGGCCGCUUGCUUCGGCCAGGAUCGUUUCUGGCGACGCUACUGGAAGCUGCCAAAGGCUGGCGGCAUUUUCAUCGAAGCUCUCGAGUCGGCCCAGAACGACAUUUGCGGCUACCACGAGGCACUGGAGGCCAUGGACGAGCAGCUGCAACAGCAGACGCAGCAGGAGACGCCAAGCGAACCACAGAAUGUGGCCGUAGAUGGCGCCGAACAGCAAGAACCGCCCGCACAGCUGCCAGACGCAAAUGUCCCUGCAGCAACAGCAGCUGCAGCAGCAGCAGAGCAAAUGGAGGUCGAUGAACCGACGGAACUGGACAGUGUCAAAGCGCAACAGGCGAAUCACCAGACAGAGAACGAGAACGAGGAAGAGGACGACGACGAUGAUGUGACGGAGAUAAACAAAGUGGAGCCGGAGAUUGUGGACCUUGGCGACGAUGAUGAUGAGGUGUUGCCCACCAUUGUGAAGUCCGCGGAGCCUGUCGUGGCGGCCAGGCCAGAGAUUAAGGUCAAGUCGGAGAUGGAGCUAAUGGGACCGCCGCCCACGGUCAUCUCCACGAAAACCGACUUUGAGGCCGAGAUCAAGAUACCCACCAUUCCGGGUCUAAUCCCAACUCUCAGCAACAGCAACAACAACAACAACAAUAAUAAUAACAACAACAAUAAUAACAACAACGGCGGCGGCAGCAGCAACGGCAACUGUGAUAAGGUGGAGGCAAUGAGUCAGGAGGAUCUGAAGAAGGAGGACGACUGCAUCAUUGUGUCGACAACGCAGAUUGGCGAGGACGCCGCGCCCAAAUGGUUCUCGAUUGUUAAGCGCGAGGUGCCGCUGGUCAGCGAGCUGCCGGCGGAGGAGGGCGGCGUCGUGGCCACGGAACUGCAGCUCAGCUAUGCCAGCUAUCAGCACUGCAGUGCACAGCUGCAGCUGCAGGGCCAUCCCUGGGAUCUGAUCAACAACAUGCAGUACUACAGCAUACCCAUGGAGGAGUGCAAGGUGGAUCCCACGAAGUUCAGUCAGGAGUGCAUCUUUACGUUGUCGGGACUGGACGAGAAGCAGAUGCAGGCCAAGCUGGAUGAGUACGAACAGGCCAAGUUAACGGUGUCAAAAAACGGUCUGGCGUCUCCUCAUCGUGGCCAGCCAACCGAUGAGGAGCAGCAGCAGCAGCAGCUACUAAAGCUUUCCAAGUCCAAAUCCGAGCCGGAAGCGUUUUUUCGUUUGCGCGCUGAUGCCGCACCGGACACGGGCGGCGGGAGCGGCGAAUCUCUGGACUUGAAGCCCAAGAUUGAGCUGCGUCUGGACGAGGCACUGUCCCAGGCGUAUUACCACAACAUAGCGAACAUGUCUCUAAGCAGCGUGCAGACCUAUAUACCGAUAGACAUUCCGUUGCCGCUGUCGAUGACGCCGGACGAGCACCGGCUGCUGGAGCAGGUGAAGCUGGCCGGCUUCCCGGAUAAGGUGCACGGCGUCUAUGUGCCGCGCAGGCAGCGCUACGGCUGGUGGCAGCUGGACGACGAGCAAAAGCUGCGCCAGCUGCUGAAGACGUUGAAUCCGUCGGGACUGCGCGAGCGCGAGCUACAAGAGAAUCUGACGCGCUUCCUCGGACUCGAACAGCCGCUGGGCGUCAACUAUCAACUGAAGCUGAACGAGGCCCAGGCCGAGCUGGUCGAGUACAUGAUGCCGGACCGACCCGGCGACUGGAACCCCAAGGUGGCCAGGCGAGUAGAGUUGGCACUUUUGGAGCAGCUCGAAUCGCUGGAAGAUAAAGUUGCCAGCGCCUCGAUGCAGCUAAAGAACUGGCAACUGCCCACGCGCAGCGACAAUGAUAUCAAUCUGGGCGAACAGGAGGAGAUGGGCGAGGCGGACUUUGUGAGCAUCAUACCCAUGAUAAGGGAGCGCAUCAUCGAUCUGGAGGCCAAUAUCGAGCGACGCUAUCUGAAGCCGCCGCUGGGCUCCCAGACCGGCGAUGCCCACCUGGCCGUCAUUGCCCAGAACCAGCAGACCUCCACGCAGACGCAGAACUCCGCCUCGGCAGCCGCGUAUCUCCUGCAGAUGCAGCAGCAGCAGCAACAGCUGAUGGCCCAGCAGCAGACCCAACAGCCCGGCAACAACCUCAACGCCUCUGUCUUUAACGAGCGCGCCAUGGCCCUGGCCGCGGCUGCUGCGGCAGCUGCUCCCAGCACCAGCGUCGCGUCCACAUCCUGCGAGACGAUGGUGCCGGCAGCAGGAACCCUGGAGCCCUGCUCCGGCGCCGCAUCGCCGGCCAGCAAUUGCGACAGCGACAAGGACGAGAAGGUGGAGAAUAUACCCAAGGGCCUGGUGCAAUGGCGAGAUGCCGUCGCCAGAUCCCAUACCACCGCCCAGCUGGCCAUGGCCCUUUAUGUGCUGGAGUCCUGCGUGGCAUGGGACAAGAGCAUCAUGAAGGCGUAUGCAACGCCCGCAAAGAACAACAAGUCCAACAAGAAGAAAGGCAGCGCCAAAAAGCAGGCUACACCAAAGAAGAAGCAGCAGCAACAACAAGAGCAGAGCGCCUCAAAGCAAAAGCAGUCCAAGAAGGAGAAGAAGCAGUCCAGUAAAGCAACUCCGAAGAAAUCAAAGCCAAAGGAAAAUGCGAAAGAGACGCCAACUGCAGUAAAAACUCCUUCGAUGACCAUAAAAAUAAAUUUGAAAGCGUUGGCACAGAACGGAUGUGACCAGAACUCGAACUCAAACUCGAACUCGAACUCGUACUCUGACUCGAAUUCGGACUCGGACACUGACUGCAAUUCGUAUUCGAACGGCAAACGCAAACGACAAGGACGACGUUCAGGCACUACUACAAACUCUUGCAAAUAUUCAAACUCCUUACAGAAUUGCCAGUUCUGCACCUCGGGCGAGAACGAGGACAAGCUGCUGCUCUGCGAUGGCUGCGACAAGGGCUACCACACCUACUGCUUCAAGCCCAAAAUGGACAACAUACCCGAUGGCGACUGGUACUGCUAUGAGUGCGUCAAUAAGGCGACCAACGAGCGCAAAUGCAUCGUCUGCGGCGGCCAUCGGCCCUCGCCCGUCGGCAAGAUGAUCUACUGUGAUCUGUGCCCGCGCGCCUACCACGCCGACUGCUACAUUCCGCCGCUGCUGAAGGUGCCGCGCGGCAAGUGGUAUUGCCACGGCUGCAUCACCCGCGCGCCGCCGCCCAAGAAGAGGAGCGCCGCCAGCAGCGGCAGCAGCAGCAGCAAAUCGCGACGGGAUCGCGAUGCCAGCACCGCGGCAAAGCGACGCGGCAGCGACAAACAUCAGAUGUUGGCCUCGGCCGGCAGCAUGGAGCAGCUGUGUCCCAUCGAUCCACACCAGCAGCAGCAGCAACAACUGCAGCAGCAACAGCAACAAAUGCUGCUGCAUGGCUCACAGCAGUCGCUCAACUCGUCGCAUGACGAGUCCAUGACAUCCCUUCCAGCGCCGCUUAGUCCGGCGCAUUCGAUUGCCUCGGCCACGUACGAUGAGCAGCAUCACAAUAACUCGAUUGAUGCCAGCCGUUUCCAGGCGCAUCUCGGCAACAACAAUGGAGGCGUGCAGCUGGAGGAGAGCGGCUCCUUUGCGGCUGGCUAUGCAGCGCCGAGCAACUUUGGCGUGGUCUCUCUGCCCCAGGCGAUGCAGUUUGCGGCCAUGUCGCCGCGUGAGGUGACGCCCACACGCACCCCGACGCCCACGCCGACGACCACGCCCGUGACGGCACCAACACCACCACCGCCAGCGCUGCCAGCGCCGCUGCAGCCACCGACGCCGAACGUAACGGCACCUAUUUUGAUGCAGGCAUCGCCAACGGCACUGCUGAACGUUGCCUGCCAGUCGCCGCCGCAGCAGCAGCUGAUGGCCAUGCCGUCGCCGCGGACAUGCACUCCGACGCCGCCGGGUGCUGGUGGCGGUGGGGCUGGCACGCAAAUGUCGCCGCCGCCCAUUAACAUACACGCCAUACAGGAGGCCAAGGAGAAGCUGAAGCAGGAGAAGAAGGAGAAGCAUGCCACCAAGAAGCUGAUCAAGGAGCUGGCCGUCUGCAAGACGCUACUGGGUGAAAUGGAGCUUCAUGAGGAUUCGUGGCCAUUUCUGUUGCCUGUGAACACCAAACAGUUUCCCACAUAUCGCAAAAUCAUUAAAACGCCCAUGGAUCUGUCCACAAUCAAGAAGAAACUGCAGGAUUUGAGCUACAAGUGCCGCGAGGACUUUUGCGUGGAUGUGCGGCAAAUCUUUGACAACUGCGAGAUGUUCAACGAGGAUGACUCGCCUGUGGGUAAAGCGGGGCAUGGCAUGCGCAAGUUCUUCGAGUCACGUUGGACGGAGCUCACCGACAAGCACUCCUGAUAUCCUCCCCUGCCGCAGCUAAAUCCAGCAACAGCAACAGGAACAGCAGCACCAGAAGCAGCAGCAGCAGCAGCAGCAACAACUGUUGCAGCUGUAGCAACUGGAAGUACAACAACGACGAUGCCGCCACAGACAAGCGCAACAGCAGCACAAUUUUGGUAGAGAUCAGGAGAAUAUAGAAUUUGUAUAUAUAUAUGAAGAUGAACAGCAAAAGGCAGGCGGGCUGAAAGGCAGAAUUAUUAGAAGGCUAAGGCAUAAGAAGGUAGCUGUAGUUUGUAUUAUUACGCAUUAUAUUAAAACAUAUAUACACAUAUAUAUACAGAGUAUGCAAACAGACGCCUGAGUUAUCAACGUCCCAGUUUUGAGAGACUCGCGAGGAGGAGGAGGAGGUCUUCAACUUGUGAAUAUCUAUAGCCACGAACAAACCCAAUGAAAUGUGUAUUUUUUGCCAAGAGAGAUAACUGUUUUUAGUUAAAUUGCAAGCAGCAGCAACAUUUAACUAACUAUUUAGACUACAACUAAAAUGGUAACGAAACUAGAAGCCAGAAGCUGACAAACCGAACAGUAACGUGUGUCUAUGCAACAUUUGAACAGUAUUUGCGCACAAAGCUGCUUUGCUUUGUUAUAUUAUUUGAUUUAAUUUAGAUAUUUGGAUAGUAGUCGACUUAACUAUAACUGUAACCGUAACUGUAAUUCUAACUAUACCUACUUAUAAAUCUAUGCUUUAUGAAUUACAUUGUACUUGAUUUGUUAGAAAUCACGAAGCGCUCAUUUAAGUUUUAAUUUGUAUCUGUACUUAUACUUAGUAACCGUUUGCAUCUGUACCGCAAGCAUUCAUUGUAUUUAUAUAUAUGGACUAAAUCCAAAUCCAAAACCUAAAUCUAAAACUAAUCUUACCUAAAAUAUACUCAAAAGGUAGACGGCAACGUUUUGUAAAUUAAUUCAAAAUUAAAUUAAAUUUAUAUAAAUUA